AUGGCGAAUCCUUCUCCUCCUGGAAUUGCGAUUCUCGGAGCUGGGAUCUUCGUUAAAACGCAGUACAUUCCUCGGUUAGCUGAGAUCUCCGAUCUCGUUGUCCUGAAAGCGAUUUGGAGCCGUACUGAGGAAUCUGCGAAAGGAGCUGUGGAGAUAGCAAGAAAGCAUUUUCCUGAAGUGAAGUGCAAAUGGGGAGAUGAAGGUAUGAAUGAGAUUAUUCAAGACAGUUCGAUAGUUGGUGUUGCUGUAGUUGUAGCUGGGCAAACCCAGGUUGAACUGUCACUGAAGAUGCUCAAGGCAGGAAAGCACGUCCUUCAAGAGAAGCCAGCUGCUGCUUCAAUCAGUGAGAUAGAAACUGCAAUGUCAAACUACAAAAAUAUAUCUGCUGAUUCCCCAAGCACUCCUAUCUGGGCUGUGGCUGAAAAUUAUCGUUUUGAGCCAGCUUUUGUUGAGUUGAAGAAACUGGUAGCAGAAAUUGGGGAUAUGAUGAACGUGCAACUUAUUAUUGAGGGAUCAAUGAACAGUUCGAAUCCUUAUUUUUCAAGCUCCUGGAGGCGAAAUUUGGGUGGUGGUUUCAUCUUGGAUAUGGGUGUGCAUUACAUUGCUGGGUUAAGAAUGCUUGUUGGAUGCGAGGUAACAUCAGUCUCAGCCACCACUUCCCAUGUGGAUAAGACUUUACCUGCACCAGACAAUAUAACAUCAAACUUUCAACUCGAGAACGGAUGCUCUGGGGUUUUUGUUAUGGUUGUGUCUUCAAGGUCUCCAAAGAUAUUAUGGAGAGUCGUAGGACUAAAGGGAACUGUUCAACUUGAGCGUGGAGUCCAAGAUGGCCGUCAUGGUUACAUGGCCACGGUUUACGGGGAAGGAGGGACAUCAAGGACCAUCUUUUACCCGUUCUGCGGAGUGACUGAAGAGCUAAAAGCCUUCUUCAAUGACAUUUCAAAGACUUCAAAGAAUGAGCUAGAUCCUAGACUAUCAUACGUGGAAGGUGCUCGUGACGUUGCUGUUCUCGAGGCCAUGCUCGAAUCUGGUGCAAGAAACGGAGCUGUAGUCUCUGUCAACACAUUCUAG